GCGUCGUUUCGCAGAGCUCGUCCCGGGAUGCGGUGCCGGUCGCCUCCGCUCGCCACGCGCGCCCCCGCGACCCGCUAGUCUCUCCCGAGACUCGCCGGGAGUACCUCGUCCCGGAGUCCGCUCGCGAGGAAUGCCGGGUAACGGUCGCCGGGUCCGCGCCGACGCCGACCCGUGAAGUCGAGCGCCGUCAGUGCCGCGUCCGCGCUCCAUCCGACGCCAAACAGGUCCCCGCCGUUCCCCCCGCGAGUGCAAGUGCAAGGUCGGGGGUGAUGCCCCCGGCUGUUCCGUGAGCCAAGUGCACCCGGAGCCAUGACCAUGGCCAGCAACAUCGUCGUCGAGUGGCUCCGCUCCCUCCACCUGGGCCAGUACUCGGAGUCCUUCAUCGACAACGGGUACGACGACCUGGAGAUCUGCAAGCAGAUCGGCGACCCCGACCUCGACGCCAUCGGCGUCUUCAACCAGACCCACCGGGCCAGGCUGCUGCAGUCGGUGAAGACCCUCCGCGAGGAGGGCGCGGCCAGCGUCUAUUUCACCCUGGAGGAGACCAACGAGUGCCUCUGCGACAACGUCAGCUCCAAGUCCUCCAGGACCUCCUCCGAGAGGCCGCCGAGCGACAAGGAGGCCCAGCGGGCCUCCCCCACCGCCAGCUCCUCCAGCGGGGGCCAGGAACUCACAAAGUUCGCCGACGAGUACGAGGAGGGCAAGGCCGAGCUCGUCCGCAUACCCAGGAUGCAGCUCAGGAUGCUCAUCCAGGAGAAGCUGCGCCACGACGGCAUCCGACUCGCCUGCCAACCGUACACGACUCCGCACGAUGCGGUAGAGAGGGAGACCACGGUAGACGCCAAUAGUGACGGUUCCGGGGAGAAAGAGGAGGGUACACGGUGCUGGGGGGCCGAGAGUUGCACCGAGGAAUUACAGGAGGGCGAGAGGGGGUACUUGGAGGGACUCGCUUCAAGGUAUGCAGACCUCUUCAGAACGCAUUACGGCGAUGUCCUGGAGCCGCUCGAGGAGUUGCGGCGCCGCGAAACAAAUGCCUCCCCCAGAAUGGCCAACACUCAGCUCACCACCAGUCAUUCGCAACCCAUUUACGUGCCCGGGAAAUACUCGCCGUCGAGUUGCCUCAGCGACAAAGAGGAGGACGAGAUCUACGGAUUCGGGUACGGCGUCUUCGGUCGGCAGAUGCUGCAGCAGAGACAACAGAAACUCGCCCUGGCCACUCAGAAUGCAACGACGCCGGCGCCGGGUGUGCACCAGCAGCCCAACUACCAGAGUUGUCUGAGCCCGAGAUCUGCCUUCUUCUACGAGUUCCCGCCCAACGAACAAGGACAGAACACCAGCAAGAAGAAGACGACCUUCUCGAGGCUGCUGAGGGGUCUGAAGACCCACAGGAAGGAGAAGCAGGGCCAGUCGCAAGGAUCCCCCAGGCACGCGAGGACGACGAGGAUGGGCGCCGUCCCCCAGAGGGACACGUCCUUCGUUGAGUCCCCGACGUUGGGUGGCGGCCAACGGGGCGCGAACUGGCAAAAAAGGCUCGUACCACUUCAUAAAAUGUCCCACCUCGUUCAGGUGGAUACACCUGACAGUGUCCUGCAGAGCGGAUUGGGCCUGGGACCGGAUAUGGGGCACACCAUCCUCAGGUCCAUGGUGGACCCCAGGGACUACGAUCGUCUGAGGUAUCUCCAGAUGAACGGGGGACAGCCCAACAGCUUCGAGGAGACCAUCCAAAGGCUGAAGGUCCAGGAGGCUUUGAGGAAGAAGGAGCGAUUUCACAAGGAACACGAGGAGAUACUCAGAGACAUCCGACAGGGUCUGAUGCAGCUGGGACGAGAUGGCAGAGGUCAGCUUCCAGGAGAUGACACCUACAUGUACGACGAGGACGCGAGGUGCGGAGGUGCGGGAGGCCUCGGUCCAGGUCCAGGAGGUCAACACUGGUACGACGAGCCCCCUUACGAGUCCGACCCGGAGGACUUCCUGAUGGGAGCAAGUGGAGGUCCGGUUCCGACCGCGACCAUUCAGAACGGAAGGGUGUGCUUCACCUUGAAUCUGAGGCCGGAGAACCGAGGAGAGGGUGUGAUAUCCUUGAGGACUGCCGGGGACAUCAGCCUCCCGAGGGACCGCACCAGGAAGGCCGCCAUGUCCACCAUGAGGGGCCUCAUCCUUCCUCAGGGCCACAACAACCCUCCCACCAUCAUCCCGUUGACGCACUCCAGGGCUUCCAGGGAAAGCGGCGACUACGCCAGCAGCGACGUCCAGAGCCGGAGUAGCGGCGAGGAGGGCUUGUCUCCGUGCCAGAGCAGCGACUACGAGGAUCAAGAAGAAUUAGAGAGCCAACACUCGGCAGCCGUCCAUACAUCCGAGGCGAGCGCCCUUCUGGAAGGAGACGGCAGGGCCGGCAUAGCGGGACGGGCCAGGAACCUCAGGCACGACGUCCAGAGGAAGAUCUCGAGACUGCGCCAGGAUAGGGCCUCCUCCGAGGCCUUUCCUUGCAGUGCCAGCAGCGUCGAGAGUCUUCCCAGUGGAAGCGGGUCCAGCACCCAGGCUCUCGUCAGGGCUGGGAGCAAUCACAGCUCGAUAUCCUGCGAGGAUCGCGACGCGGUGAGCCCCACGGCCAUUGGUCCGGUCCUCUGCAGAGCCAGAGCCCUGGUGGACUACACGCCGAGUCCUUACGACAAGGACGCCCUGAAAUUCAAGAAAGGAGACGUCAUCGACGUGGUGCAGAUGAACACCAGCGGUCUCUGGAAGGGCGUGGUCCACAACAGGGUGGGGCACUUCAAGUUCAUCAACGUGGAGAUCCUGAACGAGAGGGUGCCUCGAAGAGGGGAGCCCGAUCGAGGGAAGUGGAGCCAGAGGUACAGACAGAAGCCCGGGUCGGUGGAGGAGCUGCUGCAGAGGAUGAACCUUCAGGAGCACAUCUCCGUGUUCGUCCUGAACGGGUACGAGGACCUGGAGCUGUUCAGGGAGGUGGAGCCUGCGGAUCUGGACUACCUCGGGAUCCACCAGCCGGAGCACCGGACGAAGAUCCUGACGGCGGUCCAGCUGCUGAACGACCUGCAAUCCGGCAGCGAGGGGGACCUCGCCUCCAGCUCGGAAGGCGACGAAGUGAGUCGCCUGGCUCUGACUUCCGGCCAGACGUCCGGGCACUGCUCGCCCUUCGGUCGAAGGCAGUUCCCUAGGGACUCCGGGUGCUACGACGCCCACAAGAACCCCACGAGGCGCGCCACCAGCCCCGAAGGGAAGAAGCUCACCCGGGAGAACAACCUGGACUCUUCCGGCCAGGCCAAGUGUCCGGACAACCCCGCUCUGGAGGCCAAGGAGGACUUCCAUCCUAACAUCCCCAUCACCGGGGGAGUCCCCAAGGAGACCCAGUUCGAGAAGUCGCCGCUCCUUCGGGGCGGGAACGUCAGGUUCAUCGCGAAGAGGGGCAACUUCGGGGAGACCGUCGUCAUCGAGGACGCCAACGAGAGCGGGCACAAGAUGAGCAUGGUGAAGUACGUCGUGGGGGGUAGCUCCGACCUGGGGCUCGGCUGCGAGAGCGGGAACGCGACGGCCACCCUGGGCCAGAGGGGCUGCCUAAGCGAGAAGUCCAGCGAUUCCGGGGUCAGCUCUUCCAGCCUCAGUUCGGCGCCUCCACCGAGGGACAAGGCACUCGUCGCCGCGGCUGCGGCGGAUUCCCCCACCAAGAGCUUCGGCAACUUCAGCAGGGGGUCCCCCACCUCCCAGGGCUCGGGCGGGAAGAGCCAGACCGCCGAAGGAGGGUACCAGUAACAGGGGGUGUCCCGGACGCGCCGACGACCUGACCUCGCCCAACAGGUGGGGAGAUCCAGACUCGUCGUCCUCCCGGAAUGGGAGGGGGAGGAGUAGCCCAGGGUCCUGCUCCGGACGAAGGCCCCGAUGACGAGCACCUCCUCCAUCCGGAUCCUCCGCCGCACCGGAAGCGUCGGGAGGGACGUCCUCCGAACGUCCGUAGUCGCCCCGAAGACCCCCCACGGCGUAGACUAGCUCUAAGGGUCGGUGGUCCCGGAACCCCGCGUCCUGGGGGACGGUCCAGGACCCGGGGUUAAUUCCCCGCGAUUAAUUCGUAAUCGUCUCUAGCAAUUAAGUUUUAUGUGAUACGAUAGCAAUAUAGGUCUCGACUUAGCCGACGAGACGUAAGGCCGGAACCUUGCGGCGAUUCCGCUCCGGUUCGACCCCCGCGAGCAAGGGUAGGCAGUGGCGGAGGACGCCGAGCGUCGCGGCGGUCGGCAUUUUUAUUUUUAAUAUCCUUGAUAUCGGUUAUCAUUUUUAUUAUCCUCCGCGCGAGGAGGGACAAGACGAGCCGCGCCGUCUCGGCGUCGCGACGCUCGGACCACCUCCGACUAUCGACAAUCUCCACCAUCGAUGCACUUAGUUCUUCUCUCACGCGAUGGUGAACUUUUUACCCUGUAUAGUGACUGUCGGGGAUGACGUUUUAGGGAGCCGCCUGUAAAUAUAGGGAAAAGGGAAAAUUAAUCCGGGGAACGGAGCGAGAGGGCCUUGCGACGUUUUGUAUCAAACCUAUCUUUGCCAAAACCUAAAACUAGAUUAUAUACAUGAAUAUAUAUAAAUAUAUAUAUAUAUACAAAUAUACAAUAACGUUGAUCCUGUGUACAUCUUUUGUAUAGUGUAAAGUCAUAGACCGGUAUACAUAUGUAGGGGGGCGAUUAAUAACCGGGGAAUUAAUUUCGUUCCACCCUCGCGGGCUCUUUGAAUGUUACUAGAGUGGCCUGGGGAAAUCGAGGUGGGAACUAUAUAUCCGGGCUUUGAUCGAAAGCUCCGACUGAUCGCAAUAGACAAUUAUUAAAAGCCGGAGAGAAGAAACGACUGUCCGCCGCCCACACUGCCACCCCACCGCGUGGGGGAUUUUUCUUUCUUUAAUUUUUUUUUUUUCUUUCACCCCCUAGCGAGUUUCUCCAUUUUCCUUUCCUUUUAUUCCUAGCGACCUGAUCGCUGAGCGAUCGCGGAAAUUCUGUAUGGGAAUCGCGGUGAGCGGAAUAUACGCGAUUUGCGGGAAAUCGAAUCGUGGUCCGAGCGGAGGGGUAGAACCGAUUUUUAAGGGAGGUUGGGGGCGGAGGUUUAGGUUAAUUCGUUGGCCGGACCUCGCUAUAGAAUUAUCCGUUCCAUAAGAUAUUAGAUUCCGUAGAGGGAGUAAGAUGUUAACUGGUAACGAGUUUAUGAGAUACGUAUAAAUAGACACAAUAGUGAUUUUAUUAGCUCGGAUGGAUAAGCUGCGCUCGGUGUAAAUUCGAUUCUAAGUAGGUCUAAUUAGCCAUAAGCGAACCCCCGGGUUUAUUAAACGGAGAUUGCGAGUCUUGUUUAAGUACCGAUCGGCGGAUUUUAUGAUUACGAUUACGCACUUCCUUCGGGAACGAGCUAGGCGUGAUUUAUGCGUGAUUUAUGCAGAUCCCGAGGACGCGCUCCACGAACGCCUGAUAGAAGAGGGGAAAAAAAAGGAAAAAAAAUAUAUAAACAAUGAAAUUUCAUUACUUAGCGGUCUAGUCCAUUGUCGCGAAGUUAACGAUAUUGUAAAUAAAUCUAGGGCGAUACCUUUUUGUAAGCUGAUUUUGUAUUUAUUGAUUAUCGAUUGCGGGCCUAGAGGAAACGGCCACCCUUAUGAUUCCUCCUGUUUCUCCUAUACCUAUAAUUUCGACGAUGAUUGUUAAUUUAUUGACUGUGAAUAGAAAUAAACGAUCGAAGUAUCAAC